AUGGUUCGAUUCUUCCGCCACGAUGCGAAGAUCUGCAUGACUUGCUUCUGGAUGAGAGAGGUGCACAACGUCCAGACUGAGAUCGGUACGCCACUCGCGACCGUGGUGCGCGAAGAGGAAGCGGUUGCGAGGAACGAUGUAUCUACGGCUAGAUCAGCGGAUCGAGACAACUCCACAUUCAUCCUUGCUGCUGUCUCCGGGACUCCACGCUUGUCUGCUGGUGGAUUGACGUUCCACGGCUCGUCUUUCCACUUCACAGGCCGGAUACAGCUGCAUUGGGAAAAGAAGCCCCGAAUCUAA